CGUGGCGGCCGGUGGGGGAGUCGCUGCGGAGCCUGCCCCUGCGCCCCGCCCUGCUUCCCUCCUGGGGCUUGGCCUGCGGGCGGGCGGGCGCAGGCCCCUCCUGGGGCGGGAAGGACACUCGUCCUUCUGGGACUGUUCCCUGCCGAGGCUGUGUGCACCCAAGCCUGGCUGGAGCGCCCCAACUUCCUGGGUGUGUCAGUGAAAGGAGAGCCGGGGACAUCCCGGCCUCCUGGCCGCUCUCCUGCUGGUAAUCGGCAGGAAUCAGCACUUAAGUCAUGGAAAGGCAUCUGCAGUCUGUUCAAAGUGAGCCCGCAACGAUGGUGGUGUCGCCAGCCAGCUCCGAGGCCCAGAUGGUGCAGUCACUGGGCUUCGCCAUCUACCGCGCGCUGGACUGGGGCCUGGAUGAGAGCGAGGAGCGCGAGCUCAGCCCGCAGCUGGAGCGGCUCAUCGACCUCAUGGCGAACAACGACGGCGACGAGGCCGGCUGCGGCGCGGACGAGGGCUACGGGGGCCCCGAGGAGGAGGAGGAGGCCGAGGGCGGCCCGCGGGCGGUGCGCACCUUCGCGCAGGCCAUGCGCCUGUGCGCGGGGCGCCUGACCGACCCCCGGGGCGCCCCCGCCCACUACCAGGCCGUGUGCCGCGCGCUGUUUGUGGAGACGCUGGAGCUGCAGGCCUUCCUCGCCCGCGUCCGGGAGGCCAAGGAGGUGAGCCCGGGCGGCGGCCUCCCGCUGCCUCUCGCCUUUGGCCCAGCCCCCACCGCCUGGCGGGGCCUGGGGGCGGGGACCUGGGUGGGGGUCCCCUUGCUGGCCCCAAGGCAGGCCGGGGCCACGCCCUCACGCCGGCCCUGCCCCCAGGCCUCGAGGGAGGGCUGUGCUGUCCGGAGCACAGUGCGGGCGGCAGGCGGCGGCCGGGCAGGCGGUCAGGCUGGUCUGCUGUGUCCCCAGGAGGAGGAGUCCCCGUGCGGGGAGUUGGCGCUGAAGCGGGACCGCUCCUUCUCGGAACACGACCUGGCCCAGCUGCGCAGCGAGAUGGCUGCCGGCCGCCAGCCGGCCUCAGAGCCCCCCGGAGGGCCAGCUCCGGCCGGGGCCCGUGGGAGCGUUGCCUGGGGACCCGGAGCCCAGGAGCAGGGCCUCCCUGCCGGGAGCAGCCAGGGUCCCCCUGACCCCCGCUCCGUACCCUGCGGCCACUGCAGUGCUGGGGAGGCUGGGAUGGAGGCCUCCCCAGCCCCUGAUGCCAGUCACCGCUGGAUGGAGUUCAGCCACCCCGCGGAGAGCCUGGCCCUGACGGUGGAGGAGGUGAUGGACGUGCGCCGGGUGCUGGUGAAGGCGGAGAUGGAGAAGUUCCUGCAGCACAAGGAGCUCCUCAGCGGCCUGAAGAAGGGGAAGAUUUGCUGCUGCUGCCGAACCAGGUUCCCGCUCUUCUCCUGGCCCUCCAGCUGCCUCUUCUGCAAGAGAGCCGUCUGCAGCUCCUGCAGCGUGAAGAUGAAGAUGCCGUCCAGGAAACUGGCGCACAUCCCGGUGUACGUGCUGGGCUUCGAGAGCCCUCUGCGGGCAGCGCCCGCGGCCCAGGCCAGGCUGACCCAGAAAAGAGGCGCCUUCCAGUCCCCGCAGGCGCCGCGCGUGGAGGAGGAGUUUCCGCACAUGUACGCGCACGGCUCCGUCCUCAAGGACGCGUGCGCCGACUGCGCCCACUUUGUGGCCGACGUGGUGCGCUCCAGCCGCCGGAGCGUGCGUGCCCUCAACGCCUCGCCGCGCCGCGCGCGCCAGACCCAGUCGCUCUACGUCCCCCACACCUGGACACUGGACUUCCAGUGACCCGGCAGGACCUGCACGGUGGCCAGGCCUCCGAGGGGAGCCGGGCUGGUCCUGGGCCAGGGAGACCCCCCAGCGUGCAUGUACAUAUAUAUAUACAGAUAAUGUUUCUACCCUG